UUGGGAUAUGUAUUCCUUCUUAUGGUAUGGGGAAUAGCCAUUCCAAGUGGGACGUAUUAUUUGAUCCAUUUAAACUAAUUUAAGCGAUGCGGUGAUAUUACGCGCAGGGAUCAUUUUGUUCCAUUAUUACCAUUUAACCGUAUUAGUAGUAUUUUUUAACUACUCGAAAUGACAGGUAAUUCAGAGUUUGGUCGUCAGGUAACUAAAAUCUAGUUAAAAUUUAUUAGAUCGAGUUUUCUCAAAAGAAUGAUUUGUCUUAACGAGAGCUCAUUAAUCACUUGAGCUGAAUCUCUUGAGCUCAUUAAUUCAGAGUUUUGUCUUAACUAGAGAUGUUGGAGAGCUGAAGAAGAGAAAAUGAAUGAGGGAGAACCAAGUGCUUGAGCUUAGGGAUUCCAUACUUCUCUAAUAUCUCUUUACACUUUCUGUUUUUAGCCCAGCAUUAUUUCUCUGCCGUGUUCGAUUGUUUUAGGUCGGAAUCAAAACUGCUCUUGAAUCGGAUUCACUAUCUCCUUUUUUUUAUAACAUUCAGAAUUUGUUGCAAAGUCAUUAGAUGAAAGAUGAGAACACAACUACAACAAUUGUGUGUAGACAAAAAGGAGCAGGAACUAGAAGUUUGUGGAACUGAAAUUUCGGGCCAAUCAGGCUCGUCGAGCAGGAGUGAGCAGACGACUGGGAUAGCUACCGGUGAUAAUGCUGCGUUCGAAGUAAACCAUCUUGACAUACAUGACAAUGAUGCUGGAUCUCGAGUUUGUCGACACAGUAGCAAUAAGAAAAAGAAGUGCCAACAACGGGUGUCAGAUGGAGGAGAUACGAGUGGAAUGGGGCUUCCCCAAGUUACCAUGAAAGUGUUUGAAAAGAUAGAAAGUAAGGGAAAAACAACUUUCAAUGAGGUGGCAGAUGAACUUGUGGCUGAACUUUCUGAUCCAAUGAAUAGUGUUUUGUCCCCCGAGAAGCAACAAUAUGAUGAGAAAAGCAUCCGUCAAAGGACCUACGAUGUUCUGAAUGUUCUCAUGGCAGUGGAUAUUAUUUCCAAGGAUAGAAAGGAAAUACAAUGGAAGGGUCUUCCUAGUCCUAGUCCUAUUGAGGAGCUAAAGACAGAGCGUCUUGAGAUCAGGAAUAGAAUUGAAAGCAAAGCAUCGUAUCUGCAGGAGCUUGAGGAACAAUUUGUAGGUCUUAAGAACCUUGUUCAACGAAAUGAGCAACUAUAUAGAUCAGAAAAUCCUCCCAGCGGAGGUUUAUCUUUACCUUUUGUUCUGGUACAGACGCCUCCGCAUGCAACUGUUGAACUUGAAGUGGAAAUAUCAGAAGACAAUCAAGAUAUGCAACUUGUUCAUUUUGAUUUCAAUAGUGCCCCUUUUCAACUGUAUGACGACAAUUAUGUGCUCAAAUCAAUGGAAUUUUGUGAUAGACCUCGGAGUGAUAUUGUUAUGCUCACGGAAGAAGGGGAAGUUUCUAGCUUGUCAGGCUUGAAUCAGUUACAGGUUCCUCCUUCAGUUCCUGGAAUACUAGAGAACAAUACAAUGGAGUCAAACAAAAGGCGUAGAUGUGGUUCGAGUUUGACAUUAUCUGGUAUUACUAAUGUUACUUCUUCAUCAUUGCAUUCACAAGUGUCCAGCAAAAAUGUGUUUCGAAAACCUUUGCAUAUUGGACCUGGUAAAUAUGUUCUCAAGCGCCCCAGAAGCCCACAUAGAAUAGAUGAAAGUUCUCAAAUGAAUUUCGACAAAUCUAACAAUAAGGAAAUAUAUGUGGAAUGCAACGAGAAUGGCGAAGAGUAUGAUGUUCCUGAUAAUAAUUCUGUGUCCAGCGAAAAUGUGUUUCGAAAACCUUUGCAUAUUGGACCUGGUAAAUAUGUUCUCAAGCGCCCCAGAAGCCCACAUAGAAGAGAUGAAACUUCUCUAAUGAAUUUCGACAUAUCUAACAAUAAGGAAAUAUAUGUAGAAUGCAACGAGAAUGGCGAAGAAUAUGAUGUUCCUGAUAAUCAUUCUUUUUUUGGUUACAUUCCUGAUAAUCAUUCUGUUCAAGUUGUUACCUCACAAUACUGGGACAUUGGAGAACCAACAUGCAUUUGUGAGUACUGUGGUGCAAUGAUGUGGUCUGAAGAAAGACUGCGAAAGUCGUCUAAAGCAAAAAAUCCAAAGUUUAAUAUGUGUUGCUUCCAAGGGAGGAUUGUGAUUCCUCAUUACCAUCCUCUUCCACAGCCACUGAAUGAUUUGUUUCACAAACAUGACAAGAGAAGCAAAUAUUUUUUGGAUAACAUCAGAUCAUUCAAUAGUAUGUUUGCUUUCACAUCUAUGGGUGGGAAAUUGAAUAAGUCACUAAAUGAUGGAAAUGCUACUCCAACUCUUCUCAUGAAUGGUGAAAACUAUCAUCAGAUCGGAAGUUUGCUUCCACAUCCAGGAAUUCAGCCCAAGUUUGCUCAAUUAUAUAUUUAUGACACUGAAAAUGAAAUAAGUAACAGAAUGUCAGUUGUAAGUAUGAAAGACAAUAGCUCUUCAUUGAAAGCAACAAUUGUUGAUGAUAUUAAGAAAGUUCUCGAUAAUCAUAAUCCAUAUGCUCAAACAUAUAGGAUGAUUCGAGACAAAAUUUGUGAAAAUGAUGUUCCGACAUUGAAGUUGAGAAUAUUAGGCAAGAGAGGACGUGAUGGUAGGAGAUACAAUCUUCCAACAACAUCAGAAGUUGCAGCUUUAAUUGUUGGUGAUUUUGAUGCAGCCGACUUUGAGAGAGAUAUAAUUUUGGAGACUCAGUCAGGUUUAUUGAAACGUAUCUCAGCAUUUGAACCUGCAUAUUUGCCAUUACAAUAUCCCAUGCUCUUUCCUCGAGGAGAAGAUGGAUUUAGGAAGGACAUCCAAUACAAUGAUGAUUCAAAUGCACCUACAAUAAAAAGACGAACAAUUACUCUUCGAGAGUGGUUUGCUUAUAGGAUCCAGCAGAGGAUUACUGAACAAUCAACUUUAUUGUUUUCUAGACGUUUAUUCCAUCAGUUUCUGGUGGAUGCUUAUAGUAUGAUUGAGUCUUCACGGUUGAAAUGGAUUAGAAAUCAUCAAAAAGAUUUGAGAGUUGAGAUGUACAAGGGUCUUACAGAGGCCAUUCUUAGAGGGGAGAUUACUCCGUCAACAGCUGGCAAGAGAAUUGUGUUGCCGUCAUCUUUUACCGGAGGAGCACGCUAUAUGAUUCAAAACUACCAGGAUGCUAUGACAAUAUGUGGAUGGGCUGGACAUCCUGAUUUGUUCAUCACUUUUACUUGCAAUCAUAAGUGGCCAGAAUUGUGUGGAUUUUUGAGCAAAUACAAACUAAAGUCGAAAGACCGACCAGAUUUAGUUUGCAGACUUUUCAAAAUUAAACUCGAUCAUUUGAUAAAAGAGAUAAAGGAAGGAGAAAUCUUUGGCAAAGUUAAAGCAGUGAUAUACACAAUCGAAUUUCAAAAGCGUGGACUACCGCAUGCUCACAUACUGGUAUUUUUGCACCCUGGUAGUAGGCAUGUACAUCCUCAAGAUAUAGACAGAAUAAUCUGUGCUGAGAUUCCAGAUAAACAUAGUGAUCCUAAACUAUUUAAUAUAGUGUCUGCGCUUAUGAUUCAUAGUCCAUGUGGUGAUCAGAAUAAAAAUUCUCCAUGCAUGCAUAAUGGAAAAUGUACCAAAUAUUUUCCAAAGAGGUUUGUUGACAACACAAUUAUUGACGCAGAUGGAUAUCCAGUAUACAGAAGGCGAGAUAAUGGCGUGUUUAUUAGAAAGGGCGAGUUUUUGGUUGAUAAUAGAUUUGUAGUGCCAUAUAAUAGACAUCUGCUGUUGAAGUACAAUUCUCAUAUUAAUGUUGAAUGGUGUAACCAGUCUCGAUCUUUGAAGUAUUUGUUUAAAUUUGUCAACAAAGGGCAUGAUCGUGUCACUGCAGGCUUCUAUAACAAUGAUUCUAAAUAUGAUGACGAAAUAAAGUUGUAUUAUGAUUGUAGAUAUUUGUCAUCCUAUGAAGCAGUUUGGAGAAUUUUUACUUUUGACAUUAACUACAAAAAACCUUCAGUGGAGAGGUUAACCUUCCAUUUGCCAGGUGAACAACCAGUUGUUUUUGACGACGUUGAUCCAAUUAAUGAGGUUGUCAAUAAGCCAUUUAUUCAUAAUACCAAGUUUUUGGCGUGGAUGGAUGCAAAUAAGAAGUAUGAGGAAGCUAAGAAUCUUACUUACAAUCAAUUUCCUCUGAAAUUUGUUUGGAAAGAUUCUGAACGUCAAUGGUAUCCCCGAAAAAAAGGUCAUAAAAUUGGAAGACUUCACUUUGUACCACCUGGAAUUGGUGAGAUAUAUUAUCUCAGGACUUUGCUUAAUUAUGUUAAAGGCCCUCGAUCAUUUGCUGAAAUAAGGACAGUGAACAAUGUUCAUUAUCCGACAUUCAAGGAGGCUUGCUAUGCGAUGAGUUUGUUAGAUGAUGACAAAGAGUACAUAGAUGCCAUUAUGGAGGCAAGCCAUUGGGGUACAGGAAGUAAUUUACGGGAGCUAUUUGCAAAUUAUUUGUUGUCAAAUCAGUUUUCUAGACCUGAAUUUGUUUGGAACGAGACUUGGGAGUAUUUGACUGAUGACAUAUUGAGCACACAAAGAAUGCUUCUUCAAUUGCAAGAUUUGGUUUUAUCUCCAACAGAGUUGAAGAUCUUCGCAUUGUCAGAGAUUGAAAAAUUGCUACAAAGCAAUCACAAGAGUCUGUCAGACUUUCCUACAAUGCCGCAGCCAGACUUGUCAAUGAUUACUGCAAGAGAAAAUAGGCUCAUAUAUGAUGAGCUAAAUUAUGACAGACACUCUUUGGUUGAAGAAUACACUCGAUUGAUGUCAACCAUGACUUCAGAACAAAGGAGAAUAUAUGACAAGAUAAUGACACGAGUCACUGAAAAUAAACCUGGAUUGUUUUUUCUUUACGGUUAUGGCGGCACAGGAAAAACUUAUAUUUGGAGGGCUAUGUCAGCAGCAUUACGCUCAAAGGGAGAUAUUGUUCUAACGGUUGCAUCUAGUGGAAUAGCUGCUUUGCUGAUUCCUGGUGGAAGUACUGCACAUUCAAGGUUUUCCAUUCCUAUACAAGUUGAUGAAAACUCAACUUGCAAUAUUAAGCAAGGAAGCCCCUUAGCAGAACUAAUAGUCAAGGCAAAGCUCAUCAUAUGGGAUGAAGCUCCAAUGGCACACAAACAUUGUUUUGAAGCUGUUGAUAGAACCUUCAGGGAUAUCCUUCGAUUUUGUGAUAGUAGAAACAUAAAUCUUCCUUUUGGUGGAAAAGUUGUAGUCUUGGGAGGAAAUUUUCGACAAAUUUUGCCAGUUAUACCAAAAGGAACGAGACAAGAAGUAGUUCAUGCUACAAUCAACUCCUCCUAUCUUUGGGAUUUUUGUGAAGUGAUGACAUUACAUACAAACAUGAGGCUACUAACUGAUAGUUUAGAUUCUGAUUUUCAGCAAAGAAAGGAGUUCUCUGAUUGGAUCUUAGGAAUUGGUGAUGGUAAUGUUGGGGAAGACAAUGAUGUGGAUAUAAGUGUUCAAAUUCCCGAUGAUUUGCUUAUAAAAAGCGCAGGUGACUCACUCACAUCCAUUGUUUAUAGCACAUAUCCUUCAUUCUUGGAUAAUAUGAACGAUCUUUCAUUUUUUCAAGAUAGGGCUAUAUUAGCUCCUAAGAAUGACAUUGUUGACAAGAUCAAUGAUUACAUGUUGGGCUUAAUUCCUGGCGAUCGAAAAACAUAUCUUAGUUUUGAUUCUGCAUACUCACCCAAUUCAGAUGUUGAUAAUCCAGAUAAUGUGCACACUACAGAAUUUUUUAACACAAUUAAUGGUUUUGGACUUCCAAAUCACAUAGUGAAACUAAAAGUUGGGGUGCCAGUAAUGUUAUUGAGAAACAUAAAUCAUUCUUCAGGAUUAUGCAAUGGAACUCGACUAAUCAUUACAAGGAUGGGAAAGUAUGUUCUUGAAGGAAAAGUGAUAUCGGGAAGUAAUCUUGGCCAUAAGGUUUAUAUACCUAGAUUAUCGUUAACACCUGCUGAUGUCAGAAUUCCUUUCAAAUUUCAAAGGAAGCAAUUUCCUUUGACUCUUUCAUUUGCAAUGACUAUUAAUAAAAGUCAAGGGCAGUCGUUAAAGCAUGUUGGGUUGUAUCUUUCUUGUUCAGUUUUCUCACAUGGUCAGCUAUAUGUGGCGCUUUCAAGAGUUACCUCGAGAAAAGGUUUGAAAAUAUUGGCAAUUGAUGAUGAAAGUCAAGAUACGAACAUGACUGCAAAUGUUGUUUAUAAAGAAAUAUUUCAAAAAUUAUCUUAACUGGUAUGGAUCUAACUGGGUUUCUCUGUUGCUUACAUGUCAUUCAUUUGACUAUUAUAAACCAAAUGGUUGUAUUGUUGCAGCUGCAUUGUAGGUUGGAAUAUUACUAUUAAGGAAUGUAGCAUAUGUUAUGUUGUAUGUUAUCAAAUUAAGAAAAUUAGAAAUAAAAUGGAGAUAAGAAAUCUGUGUUGAUA